AUGGCAGGAACGACAAGAUCGCCAUCUUCACCUAUGCAGGCAGAACCCAGCAGCGCCCCACCUGGCGGGGGACGGAAGCGGCCCGCUCAGGCCGAAGAUGACGAGGGGGACAAGCCUUUGACCCUCAGUUCCCUCCUGGCAGCUUUGAAGGACAACCGCGAGGAGAUCGUAGCCCAGGUUCGUGAAGACAUGGAUGGCCUAGCAAAUCGGGUCAGCACUGUCGAACUCACGGUCGAGACCCACGUCUGCAAUACAACCAAACUCCUUGAGGCCAUGACAGAUCGACACUGUGCCAUGGAAGAGAGCGUGCGAAAAGUGGACACCCGACAGGGGGAGAUGCUCCAGAGAUUGGAACUCCUUGAAGGCAAGUUCGCAAAAGCGACAUUCUCACUCUCCAGCACUCGUACCUCAGAGACCGAUGGGGGGAACCCCCGACCUGCCCUCGUGGUCGGGGGAUGGGAAGCCGACCAGCACCACGAAGACACCCUCAGGCUCGUGAAGCAGCACCUCACCGAACUCAACGUGAACCUCGACAUUGAGAAGGCAUUUGUGCCUGGCCUUCGCCGGGGAUUUGCCCUGGUCCCUCUCACAAAACUCGAGGGGGAGAGCGACGACGAGCAAAGAACCCGAGUCCAGGACAUCCUCAAGACCGUGAGAGCCGCGAAGAUUGUUACAGGACAGCGACCCGAAGGGGGAAACCGCUACUUCUUCGCGGCCCUCAGCCAAAGUCCCGAACGACGCCGUCGCGCACAGUUGGCUGGGAAAGUCAAAAGACUCAUCAUCGAAGAAGGAGGCGAUCCACGGAAGAUCGAAGUCGAGUACGGCACGGCAAACUUGUGGUACAACACCGUGAAGCUCGCAUCGGGGGUGACCUCGGCCCCUGAAGGCGCCACAGCCGAAAAAGCAGGCUGGGUCCACCUCGGCACCCUGGCUCGCCAAAUCGGCAUAUCGGAGGAAACUGCUACCUCCCGCUGGGGGGACCUGCGCAAAGAACCGCAGCUCAAAGUGCACGUGAUCAGCUGGAAUGUCGGGGGACUUACCUCUGCGAAAGUACUGGACGUCCUCCUUGCACUCCGGCGACAUCGAAUUCAACCUUUUUCAGGAUCCCUGAUCGUGUUGAUCCAAGAGGUCAUCUGCGAGACGGGGAAACAACAUGCAGCCCUGGAUGAGCUGCAGAUGAUCUUCGGCAAACGUUCCGAGGACUGGCGGGGGAACGCCGUUGUGCACACCGCCAACAUGCAGCACACCCGGGGAAAGAUCUUGCAUGGCGCUUUGUCGUGUACGCUUACUUCUUUGGACUUCAGGUUGGGAGCUUUUUCAGUUCAUAUCCCUCACCACGCCACACUCUCAACUACUGAGCAAAUCCUGCAAGAACUGCACCACCACACCACAUUCCACAGCAAAGCGGUCAUCGGCAUUGAUGCAAACGAAACUCUUGCCUAUGCAAGCCAGAAUAAGCAAAUCAAAGCAGCAACAGCUCGAGGGGAACUCCUCCUAGACUGGCUCGAUGAGGAGUGCUUCCACUUACCAUCGCAAGAGCUCCACAAAGCAAGCCAUUAUCCAUACAACACUGAACUCCUUCCUCGCAGACUCGAUUACAUUUUUGUUAAGAGAUUGCUGUGUGAUUCGGGGGAUGUGCUUGCCCAGCGUGACGUUGCAACCUCAGACCAUGAGCCUGUAUUUGUCCCUUUGGCACAGAUUCGCCUGGCCACGAAUACGAGGCGAGACCCUGCAAGCUGGUCUGCAAGGCAACUGCUCAAGGGGGGACAGGUGGACCGUAUCCUCGACAAGGCAACUGGUGUUGGAGGAGAUCCCGUCACACAGUUGCAGAAGGUUGCAGUUGCCAUCACGAAGCCAGGAAAGAAAAGGGCGCCAUUCACCGAGAGCGCACAUCUGCGAGAAGUUCGGCGAGAGGCCCUUGCCACCCCACCGGGGGACAGACGACGUAACCUCUGGAAACAUGCCCGACGACUGCACCUGGCAGAGCACAAAAGAUGGAAAAGACUGGCGAUGCAGAAAGUUGCCGAGCUCGACUGGGGGAUGAAGAAAGCCCUUUUAGAACAAUCUCGUGACCACUCGUGGGAGCUUGGACUCACGGAAGAUGAGGCAUGGCGACAAAAACUCCGCGAGCACUUUGAAAAGAUCUUCAACAAGCAGGACAGCCAGACCGUGAACCGGAGAAUACGAGAAAUCUUCGACAAGCUCACUCUGGCAUGCAAAUUCAAGAAGUGGGAGCCUUUCACCAUCGAAGACCUCCAGGCCGUCAAGGACAAGUGGAGGAACGGAAAGUCGUGUGGACCAGACAUGGUCUCCCACGAAGCACUGAAGGCCAUCCUCCCACACCCCAUUUGGGGGGAACGACUCCUGGCCAUUUUCAAUGACAUGCUGUACACGGCACGCAUUGUGCCGAGCAUCGAGGCCGGAGUCACCAUUUUGCUGGCAAAGGUCACCCAGCCCUCCAAUUGGGGGGCGCCGGCGAGACUCCAAUGGUGUCGACGAGGCAGGCAAGGAGUCGAACUCAUCAUGAUCUUGAGGCGACUAGCCCGGGUCGCCAGAGACUGGGGCAUAGAGUUUUACAUUGCCAAAUUGGACAUCCGCAAGGCUUUUGACUCCAUAUACCAGGAAAGCCUUGCCGAGCACGUCGCCUCCGUUGUCGGGGGAAAGGCAGACCUGCCAUGGGAGGCUCGAGCAUGGGUGGCGAUGGUGCAUGCCCAGAAGAUCACCGUCGAAGUGGCGGGGGAAUCUAUCCCCCUUCAACAAAGCAAUGGCGUCCGACAAGGAGCACCCGAAAGCCCUGUGGCCUUCGGGGCCAUAGUGGCGGAGGAUCUAGACGCAGCAAUUCGAACCGCCAAACCGGCCAAACCCGCUGGAGACGAUGCCCCCCCCGAAGAUGGGGGAAGCUAUAUGGACGACAACUACAUCUGGUCGGUGAGCAAGAGGCACUUCCAGCACAUGCUUAGUGCCCUCCACGACCGACUUCCACGACGAGGCCUGUUCCUGCAUCCGGAAAAAACGGACAUCAUCAGCACGUCCGAGAAACCUACCACCUUCAAGGUCGCGGGGGAAAUUGUCGCCACAAAGGGGCCGGAGCACGCCUUCUACGUCCUCGGCAGCCCCCUCUCGUUCCAAGGGGGAACCGCGAUGUUGCUGGCAGAGGCACAAACCCGAGCAAGGAAGGCCUUCUGGUCACAUCGGGAAAGUUUUACAUCAGACGCUACAUUCCGGCAAAAACUGCAGAUCCACGUCGUGCUGGUCAGGCAGAGCGCCCUUUGGGCCUGCCAAACGUGGCCUUGCCAUAGCAGCCUGCUACGCGCGGUGAAUGCUAUCCAGCUUUCUCAGGUCAGGACCAUGCUGGGCCUGAGACGACAGCCCUGCGAAGAGUGGGCAACGUGGAACAAACGAAGCCUCCGACGAAGCCGCCUGGCCCUCUACCACCACGGGGGAACACGGUGGUCAACUUUUGUCCUGUCGCAAAUCUGGACAGCCGUUGGACAUAUAUGCAGAGGUGACCCUGUAGGGGGGAAAAUAUUCCAAUGGCACAGUCUACAAUGGUGGCAAGAACAGAAGGACAGGGGGAUUGAUGUGCAACACGCACAUCGCUUCAACGCCUACAUGGACAUUGACCGCCAGUUGAGCGAGACCGUCGGAAAAGGUUGGUUUUCGCUCGCACAGGACAGAGAGGCCUGGGCAGCCCAUGAAGCCACGUUCAUCGCAAAAUACGAUGUUCCUUGGAGCAGUGGGAAGCAGGGGAGCCUUGCGAACCUUGCACCUCCCACUCCGGGGGGCACAGACCAAACCUUUCUGCGAAGCAUCGCUGACAAGCCAGCGAACAAGAAAGCCCCGCACAAGGGGAAAGCAGCCAAGGCAAAAACCAGUCGAAGCAAGCCAGCCCGUAGGUAG